AUGGCAUUUGUGGGACGACAACAGGAGAACCCUUCUGAGUUUGUCUUUCCUACGAGUUACAACUUUCCUCCGUUCUUCAGUUUCCAACCCACGGCGUUGACUCGUCAAGCCCAGCUGAGGAAAUGGUCGGUCUUCCUUCAGAGGUAUUGCAGGCACCAUCGUAUCUUUCGGAUCACCAUCAUCGAGGCUCUAGAUACGCCACUAUUCCACAAUACUACACUCAAGAAGCGUUUGAGCCUCGAAGACGCCAAAGCAGUCAUCGAUUACAUGGCCAGCAAGGACGGUGAUGAACGUGCUGAGUGGAUAGGCCCAGAUCGGUCGGCGGCAUGGAUUUGGUGGCGUAAACCUGAAGAAUGGGCGACGAUGAUCGCGGCCUGGGUGGACGAUACAGGCCAAAAGGGAACCGUUUUGACCCUGUACGAAUUGGUUCAGGGUGAAGCAACAGAGAAGCAAGAGUUUUAUGGGAUGGACAUGGAGGUUCUUCAAAAGAGCCUCAACACUUUGGCUAGGAAAGGCAAAGCCCAGGUGUUUGGAACAGACGACCAGCAAGGUGUCAAAUUCUUCUGA